AGUUGUGUUGUUAAAUUAAAUUUAUUUCCCCCGUGUUUUUUUUUUUCUUUAACAACUUAAAAUUAUUAUCUAAUAUUGUCAUUUCUUUGUUUAUCUCUAUUAAAUAAAAAUAAUUAUAAAAUGAGUUCGAAAGUACCAAAUGUUGUGCUAAAUAAUGGCAAAAAUAUGCCAAUUCUUGGUCUUGGAACAUGGGGAAGCCCCCCUGGCCAAGUUGCCCAAGCUGUCAAGGAUGCCAUUGACAUUGGCUAUCGUCACAUUGAUGGUGCUCAUGUCUAUCAAAACGAACACGAAGUCGGCGAAGGUGUCAAUGCCAAGAUCGCCGAAGGUGUUGUCAAACGUGAAGAUCUCUUCAUUACCAGCAAAUUAUGGAAUACAUUCCAUCGUCCCGAUUUGGUUCGUGGAGCCUGUGAAGUGACAUUGAAGAAUCUUGGAUUGAAAUAUGUUGAUAUGUAUUUGAUUCAUUGGCCAAUGGGUUAUGCCGAAGGAGAGUCUCUUUUCCCUGCUGGUCCAGAUGGCAAGACUUUGUACUCGGAUGUUGAUUAUAUUGACACUUGGAGGGAAAUGGAAAAACUCGUUGAUGAUGGUUUGGCCAAGUCAAUUGGUAUCUCCAAUUUCAAUAAGAAACAAAUUGAAAGAGUCUUGGCUGUGGCUCGUAUUCCACCAGCUACCAACCAAAUUGAAUGCCAUCCUUAUUUGAAUCAGAAGAAAUUGAUGGCCUUCUGCAAGUCGAAGAAUAUUGUCAUAACUGCUUACAGUCCAUUGGGUUCACCAAACAGGCCAUGGGCAAAGCCUGGCGAUCCCGUUCUUAUGGAUGAUCCAAAGAUUGUUGGCAUUGCCACAAAAUACGGCAAGGAACCAGCUCAAAUUUUGAUUCGUUAUCAAUUGCAACGUGGUAAUAUUGUUAUCCCCAAAUCGGUUACCAAAUCACGUAUUGCAUCGAACUUUGAUGUUUUCGGAUUUGAAUUGACUGACGAAGAUGUUGCAACUAUUGAUAGCUUUGAUUGCAAUGGUCGUUUUGUUCCAAUUGAAAGCGAGGCUGGAGCACAUCCACACUAUCCCUUCCAUGAUGAAUAUUAAAAAUAAUUGAAGUGGUUAUGGACAUCCUCAUCAUCCUUUCCAAAACGAUGAAUAUUAAACAAAUAGCAGCAACAACAUUUAACAUUAUAACCAACGCACCAAUUUAAAAAAAAAAAACAACAAUUAUAUUAUUCCACGCAGCAAAUACAAUAAAAUAUUAUAUUGA